AUGUGCCCCCCAGUCAGCAUGCGGUGUGAGGCGGAGGGCAUGUCCUACCUCUACACAUCCUGGAUGUACCAGCUUCAACAUGGCAGCCAGCUAAGGGUCUGCUUCGCUUGCUUCAAGGCUGCCUUUCUGGACCUUAGACAGUUGCUGGAGCCGGAAGACUGGGAAGAUGAAGAUUGGGACCCUGAGCUGAUGGACCACACUGAGGCAGGGUCUGAGCAGGGGGCAUCCCCGGGGAUGGGACCAAGCUGGGGGCAGGGCCAAGGGCAGCCUGCACUGGGUGGGUCUGUGGACUGGGGGUCGGGCACCCUGGCGUCAGGCCCUGUGGAGUCAGAAGAGGUGGGCCUGGGCGAUCACUUUGUGCCCACCGAGCUGGAGCCUCAGGAUGCCACAGCCCUGGGCCUGGGUGCUGAGGAUGCUGACUGGACCCAAAGCCUUCCCUGGAGAUUUGGGGGACUCCCUACCUGCUCACACUGGCCAAGCCCCUCUCCUCCAUGGCAGGAGGUUUUCAAAGUGGACCUGCCCCCGGCGGGAGCCCAUGGUAUUGGAGCUGGGCACCACCCGGGCCACGGACCCUGUUGA